AUGAACCACUCGCCACUCAAGACCGCGCUGGCGUACGAAUGCUUCCAGGACCAGGACAACUCCACGCUGGCUUUGCCCUCCGAUCAAAAGAUGAAGACCGGCACGUCGGGCAGGCAGCGUGUGCAGGAGCAGGUGAUGAUGACUGUCAAACGACAGAAGUCCAAGUCUUCGCAGUCGUCCACCCUGAGCCACUCCAACCGAGGUUCCAUGUAUGACGGGCUGGCUGACAACUACAACAACUACGGGACCACAAGCAGAAGCAGCUACUUCUCCAAGUUCCAGGCGGGGAACGGCUCAUGGGGAUAUCCGAUCUACAAUGGGACCCUCAAGCGGGAGUCUGACAACAGGCGCUUCAGCUCCUAUAGCCAGAUGGAGAACUGGAGCCGGAACUAUCCCCGCGGAAGCUGUGCCACCACAGGCGCUGGCAGCGACAUCUGCUUCAUGCAAAAAAUCAAGGCGAGCCGCAGUGAGCCCGACCUCUACUGUGACCCGAGGGGCACGCUGCGCAAGGGCACGCUGGGCAGCAAGGGCCACAAGACCACCCAGAACCGCUACAGCUUUUACAGCACCUGCAGCGGUCAGAAGGCCGUCAAGAAGUGUCCCGUGCGACCGCCCUCCUGCACCUCCAAGCAGGACCCAGUGUAUGUGCCGCCUAUCUCCUGCAACAAGGACCUGUCCUUUGGCCACUCAAGGGCCAGUUCCAAAAUCUGCAGCGAAGACAUUGAGUGCAGUGGGCUGACCAUCCCCAAGGCUGUGCAAUACCUGAGCUCCCAGGAUGAGAAGUACCAGGCCAUCGGGGCCUAUUAUAUCCAGCAUACCUGCUUCCAGGACGAAUCUGCCAAGCAACAGGUCUUUCAGCUGGGGGGCAUCAGCAAGUUGGUAGACCUCCUCCGCAGCCCCAAUCAGAACGUCCAGCAGGCUGCUGCUGGGGCCCUGCGCAACCUGGUGUUCAGGAGCGCCAACAACAAGCUGGAGACCAGAAGGCAGAAUGGGAUCCGUGAGGCUGUCAACCUCCUGAGGAGAAGCGGGAGCACGGAGAUCCAGAAACAGCUGACUGGACUACUCUGGAACCUGUCCUCCACUGACGAGCUGAAGGAGGAGCUGGUGGCCGAUGCCCUCCCUGUUCUGACUGACCGAGUCAUCAUUCCGUUCUCCGGCUGGUGUGAUGGCAACAGCAACAUGUCCCGGGACGUGGUGGACCCCGAGGUCUUCUUCAACGCCACGGGCUGCUUGAGGAACCUGAGCUCUGCUGAUGCUGGCCGCCAGACCAUGCGGAACUACUCUGGGCUCAUUGACUCCCUCAUGGCCUAUGUCCAGAACUGUGUGGCUGCCAGCCGCUGUGAUGACAAGUCUGUGGAGAACUGCAUGUGUAUCCUGCAUAACCUCUCCUACCGCCUGGACGCCGAGGUGCCCACCCGCUACCGCCAACUGGAGUACAACGCUCGCAACACCUACACCGAGAAGUCCUCCACCGGCUGCUUCAGCAACAGGGGAGACAAGAUGAUGAACAAUAACUACGACUGCCCCCUUCCCGAGGAGGAGAGCAACCCCAAGGGCAGCAGCUGGCUGUACCACUCAGAUGCCAUCCGCACCUACCUGAACCUCAUGGGCAAGAGCAAGAAGGAUGCAACCCUGGAGGCCUGUGCUGGGGCCCUGCAGAACCUGACGGCCAGCAAGGGGCUGAUGUCCAGUGGUAUGAGCCAGUUGAUUGGGCUAAAGGAAAAGGGCUUGCCACAAAUCGCCCGGCUCCUGCAAUCUGGCAAUUCAGAUGUGGUGCGGUCCGGGGCCUCUCUGCUGAGCAACAUGUCCCGCCACCCUGUGCUGCACAGAAUGAUGGGAAACCAGGUGUUUCCAGAGGUAACCAGACUCCUCACCAGCCACACUGGCAAUACCAGCAACUCUGAAGACAUCUUGUCCUCGGCUUGCUACACCGUGAGGAACCUGAUGACCUCACAGCCGCAGAUGGCCAAGCAGUACUUCUCCAGCAGCAUGAUCAACAAUGUCUUCAACCUGUGUCGCAACAGUGCCUCACCCAAGGCUGCAGAGGCUGCCCGGCUACUCCUGUCUGACAUGUGGGCCAGCAAGGAGCUGCAAGGUGUCCUCAGGCAGCAAGGUUUCGAUAGGAACAUGUUGGGAACCAUAGCUGGGGCCAACAGCCUCAGAAACUUCACCUCCCGGUUCUAAGAAGAGACUAUCCAAGCAAGUUCACCUUGCAGGAAGACACAACCCAGCUCGG